UAUUAACCAUUUCUUUAAGAAAGAAAAAAAAGCUAGUUAGCACCUUGCAGAAUAAUGUGAUCCGGCACUGGCAAAUUCCGUAGGAAAAAGAGAAAAAGAAGAUGAACAGCAGAAAUCAGCAUCAGCAAAUUCAAUCCCAGACUCGAAGAUGGGCUUUGGGAGGAUUAUUCGUGCUUAUACUCCCUAACUUUUUCCCUGCUCUCCUUAAUCCAUUAGCCCGUGCUUACCCCUCCCUCUUCUCAGAAUGGAAUGCUCCUGAAGCUAUGCAUUUGCAAUUACUCAAUGGUGCUUUAAAACGACAAACUCUUGAUGAGGAAUCAGAAAUAUGGUCUCCCUUGCCCAACCAAGGCUGGAAACCUUGUGCUGACUCUCGCACUUCACAUUUUUUACCCAAGAAAUCAGAAGGUUAUAUUCAAGUGUUUCUUGAUGGAGGACUCAAUCAGCAAAGAAUGGGGGUUUGUGAUGCCGUCGCUGUAGCAAAAAUCUUAAAUGCUACACUUGUGGUUCCAUAUUUUGAGGUGAAUCCAGUUUGGCAAGAUUCGAGCCAAUUUUCAGAUAUAUUUAAUGUAGACCAUUUCAUUGAUGCUCUGAAAAACGAAGUCUCCAUAGUUAAAGACCUUCCAGGCCAGUAUUCCUGGAGUACACGAGAGUAUUAUGCAACUGGGAUAAGAGAUACAAGAAUAAAAACAGCACCUCUCCAUGCAUCUGCUACUUGGUAUCUGGAAAAUGUUUUGCCAGUUAUGCAGAGUUAUGGGAUUGCUGCAAUAUCCCCAUUCUCUCAUCGACUGGCCUUCGACAACCUGCCCCCAGAGAUCCAGCGGCUUCGAUGUAAGGUUAAUUUUGAGGCUUUGAUUUUUGUCCCCCAUAUCAGGAUGUUAGCAGAGACCAUUAUCAAUCGCCUGCGGUUUGGGCAUAGUGGUGGAGGAGCUUCAGGUAUUGCUAAUUGGCAGGAAAGAGUGACUGCUAAUCGAAGAGCUGGGAAGUAUGCCGUGUUGCAUCUUCGCUUUGAUAAAGAUAUGGCUGCUCAUUCAGCUUGUGAUUUUGGUGGUGGAAAAGCUGAGAAAUUGGCUCUCGCAAAAUACCGCCAAGUUCUUUGGCAGGGUAGGGUACUGAAUUCUCAGUUCACUGAUGAAGAACUAAGAACUAAAGGACGUUGCCCGCUGACUCCAGAAGAGAUUGGGCUUCUGCUUGCUGCUCUUGGCUUCAGCAACAACACAAGACUAUAUUUGGCUUCCCAUAAGGUUUAUGGUGGUGAGGCAAGGCUGUCAUAUCUUCUAAAGCUGUUCCCAUUGAUGGAGGAUAAGAAUAGCCUUACUUCUGUAGAUGAACGGGCUCAAGUGGAAGGAAAAGCUUCUCUGUUAGCUGCUGUUGACUACGAAGUGAGCAUGGAAAGUGAUGUUUUCCUUUCUGCUUCGCCUGGAAACAUGCAUAAUGCUCUGGUGGCACACCGAUCGUACAACAACUUGAAGACUAUCAGACCAAACAUGGUGCUGUUGGGAAAGCUUUUCAUAAAUAAAAGCCUGGAGUGGUCAGAUUUCCAACAAGCAGUUAAGAAUGGCCACAAGAAUAGACAAGGGCAACUACGGUUAAGGAAAGAAACACAAUCGAUAUACACAUAUCCCAUUCCUGAUUGCAUGUGUCAAGCCUAGAUGGUAUCCCGGUCCUAAUGUAACAGUUUCCCUUUUUGCUCUGUUAGUGUCUAGGUUUCUUCUAUAAAUACGUUUAAAUCCACAAUAGCUUCCCAACUCAUUCGCUGGUUGUGCUGUUAUCUGAGAAAAGCACAAGGCAAUGUAGUCAGCCUUGCCAUCACCAAGGCUGGAAGGAGACAUCCAGUAUUUUAUUUCCUGGUAAUAUGUUAGCAGUGCUAUUCUAUAGUUCAGGUGAUUAUUAAUAAUAAUUUAGUUUAAUUAUUCAACCGUCCUUAAUUUUCUUUUUAAACUGCAUUUUGCCAAUAUAAAUGUUACCUUGUACCUCCUUCAGGAUGUCGCCCUUCAGUAUAGUUUUCAAUUCAACUACAUCUUUUGCAAUAAAAUAUCUUGCGACUCCUUUAAGAACUCGCCUUCCUGCCCAAUACUACUCAAUAGUGCCCUAUACCGCAAAUUUUUGUUUAGAUCUAACAAUAUUGAUUUUUUUGGUCUAUCCCUAAUCUAGAAGUACAUUAACAUUUCAAGGUUUCAAAAAUGACAACACCAAAAUAGUACCAGUUCCGAUGUUGGUGGCAACAAGUUUUAGCGGUCAGCACUAAUCAUAAAUCUGGUAGAAGAAACGGCGAAGAACAAACAAAAGCACAUCUCUCCAUAAACUAGGUAGUUAGGCCAAACUUCAUCUGAGUUGAUCACAUCUUACAGUGAGAAUUCCGGUAUGCAACAUGUUUGUCUCUAAUUUAAAAACUUCUGAUUUCUUGCCCAAAUUGAUACAAACGAUAUGUUUGUCACUAGACGACUUGAAGGGAAGACAUAUCACGUGUUCAUCACUUGGUGCAUUUUCAACAAUUAUUUACAUCUGUGGUAGUUAACAAGAAUCGUCGAAUCAUCAUAUACGGUGCAGAAUGCAGCUCAAAAAACGCGCUUUAUGCAUCUUGCACUAGGGUUAGAUUGGAAGGAACUAAAUGAUGCAUGUUCCAAUCAUAGACUCCGACUAAUUCACCUCUCCUUGCUGAUCAAAGAGGUCCUCUGCUAGGAGCUUCGCCAUUGUCAUCCUUCUUGUCGACAAUAGCCAACCCAUUCCCAUUCCGGUGGGAGGCCAGCUCCACCUCUGACAGGGUGGGAGGUGGCAUCAGCUCUUCUUCAAUAGGAAGCAUCAUUUUAGAGCCUUCUAAAGCUACACCAAGAACAAUGUUGUCGUCCAGACUAGUUUUUGAAGCUGGAGGAGAUGAACUUUGUCUUCCCAUAUCUGGCGUUGCCUGUGAAUUGGUAGAGACUACAGCUCCCUCAUCACUUCUUGCUUCUUGAGGAGAGGGGCGCUGUAUUCCAGUAACAUCCAAUCCUUCAGACAACACACCAUCUCUCUUUGGACUCGCAACAGCUGAUUGCUCUUUGGAAACUGAACCAUCCAGUGUCUGCUUCACAGAGUUUUUUUCACCUGAAUCCAUAACAUCCAUUUUCUCAUCAGGUGAUGGUGGUCCAGUCUUGCCUUCCACCUUGGAGUCAAAUAGUAAGGUAGCUUCAACUUUCUCAUCAUUUGCUUCAUCAGGUUGUACAGAAUUAUCUGGAGUCCUACUUUUAUCAUCAUCAUUAACUUUAUAAGAUGCCCCAAGAAGCAGCAAACGACGAUUAGCUUCAGCUCUGGUACGAGUGAAUAUGGUAUCAGCAAAUGGAACAGUUCCCACAUCAGGGUCACUAUAUACUUUUUGUACUGUACGAAUAGGAGUAGCAAGCCGAGCCCCAUGAUGACUAAUCACUCUAAGGAGAUCAAGCAAGAGGGAUUCCUGUAGCAAUCAAUUUACUGAUCAGAAGUGAUUCCAUUUUCCCGCAAUCCAAAUUAAUUAUUAAAAAAAUGAGGGAAUGGAGAACUGCAGAAUUAAAGACAAAACCAAUAAUUAUUUCAAAAAUAAAUAAAUAAAAGACAACCAACAAAAAAUGCUAAGCAGCUAAACCUGAAGUCGCCCAAUUGAAAACGAUCUCAGAACUUUAAGAAACAGAAACAAUAAAAAAUAUAUAGAUACUAAGCCUUGUGAGUAUCACUCUUAAAACAAGAUAUUGUUACCAAGAAGCCUGUCACAUGUUUCAUCUACUCAUGAUGUGAUUGGUAACGAAUGCUUACCUUUACACAGAGGUACUCCUCAAAACGUGAGGUCUUCACGAAACAAGACACCAAUAUCUGUUACAAGAUAUUGUCAGGUAAUCAUCAUAUCAAAAAAAAUUAGACAAUUUCCUGCAAGAAUAAGCCAAUAGCACUGUUGCGGCUUACCAUGAGUGCCUGAGUUUCUGAAUCUACAUUAUCCAGAAAUACUCUUCUAUGCAAUUUCUGCUGCUCUAUUUGAGGAUUUUUGGCCACAACCUUGCGCAUAUCAGCAACAAUGCUCUGUUUAAAAGGAAAACCAAGAUCUUGUUUCAAUGGAAUACCUCUAAUUAAUGCAUCGAUGAACGAAAUGAAAAUCAGAUCUCACAUUGAUCUUAUUCACAUCAAGGUGACUAAUAGCAAGAUGGGUUUUUAUACGCCAAUGAGUC